UUUUGUAUUUAAUCCGAUAAAUAACUGGCAACCAGUGCAGUUGCUGUAAAACAGGAGUGACGUGAGCAGUGCGCUUGGUGAGUGUGAGGACCCGAUUACUCGCUUCUUUUCCUUUACUUGUAUUUAAAAGAAACGCGUUGUGCAAUAGUCAUGUGACCGUGGACAAAAAGAGCGGGGUAGGGGAUUGGCCGUUGGGAAUAAUGGUGUUUCGUGAUUGGUCGGAAGCGCAGGCCAGUCGUUUAGUAUGCGCUCAUACUCGACACGAGUGUGCGCGCGCCUGCUUAUUUAUUCGCACGGUUGGAGGUGGUUUUCGGCUCGAGUCCCAGAGUGAUAGACCGAAGAGACCGAAGAGGAUGCUUGAGCUCGCUCAGUGCGCCUGGUGGGUGAACUUCAUAAGCAUAUUGGUGCUGUUUCUUCCAUAUGGAGGAGGAAGUGGCUGCUCUGGCCAUCAGCAUCCUAAUGGCACACUCACAGUUUAUCUUAAUGAAACUGUACCUGUGUCUCAGUACGACACCUGGCAGAUUAAUAACAUUGUCCAGGGAAACGAAACAAGCUUCAACACCAUCACCAUUGAGAGACAAGGGCUUCGGUAUGUCAUCUUUAAGGAAUGCUACGCAAAUGUAACAUACUGGAGUGCUGAUCCUGGGAAAUUCAUCAGCUGCCUAUAUAACUGUUCCACAACUAGAACACCUACACAACAUCCACACCUCAAUGACAUUCUGGCUGGUUUUACUGUUGCAAGCAUUCUUCCUGUUGUUGUUGUUCUUUUAUGUAUUGUUUGUGGAUAUUGGAAGAGGAAAGCGCUUCAAAGUCUGGUCCAGUCCAUCCAUACCUGAGUUUGUGGGACUUCCAUGCCAGAUCUGGGACAGGAAUUCAGUCCUGCCCUGCUGGAGGCCAUCUUCCCUGAAGUGGCACUCCCACACCUGCUACCACUCCUCUCCCAUCAGCCAGGGCCUUCUUAAAGAGCUGUUUGGAGCUACUCCAGUUGCCAGACUGUCUCUUGCAGACUUUCCUCGCCUUGCUACAGCCCUUUGGUAUUGUGACUUCUUGGUUCCCCCUGCCUGUAUUGUUCUGUGUUUUUGUUCUAGUUUUCUGUCCAGUUUUUUGCCCGUUUUACCUACCUGUUCCUUUGGACUGUGUUUUUUGCUUCCUCUGCCUGGGUUUCCCUUGUCCCUGUUUUCUUCAGUUUUUGUGAAGAUUUUUCUGUCCUGUUUUUGUCCCUGACCGUGCCUGCCUGCUCUUCUGUGUUUUGACCUCUUGGCCCGUUCUUUGACCACCGAUUUUGCCUGAGCCCAUUUGUACCUCUGCCCUGUACUUUAUUAAAGAAUUUUCUCUUUGUACA